AUGUCCUUGACUGAGUCCACACCUGAGGCUGCGGCCAAGGCAGCCGCAUAUUCCGCCCGUAAUCUGGCCGUGCUGUCAGUGGAUGCUCGCAAUGAUGCACUCACAGCCAUUCAUGAUGCUCUCAAAACCGACAAGCAGUCCAUACUCGAGGCCAAUGGCCGGGACAUGGAAUUGGCCAAGCAAGCCUCACAAGACGGCAAACUGAGCCAAAGCCUGAUCAAGCGGCUCGACCUACAGCGGCCAGGGAAGUUCGACGAUAUGCUACAAGGAAUCCUAGACGUGCGGAAACUCCCCGAUCCCGUGGGCAAGAUCGACUUACAUACCAAACUCGACGACGGUCUCGAAAUGACACGCGUGUCAUGCCCGAUCGGCGUUCUCCUCAUCAUCUUCGAAGCCCGCCCCGAGGUCAUUGCCAACAUUGCCGCCCUGGCCAUCAAGUCAGGCAAUGCGGCCAUUCUCAAAGGUGGCAAAGAGUCCACCGAAUCCUUCCAGACCAUUUCGGCCGUCAUCUCAAAAGCGCUGGAAUCCACCAAGGUCCCGAACGCCGCCAUCCAGCUCGUCAAGACCAGAGACGUCAUCGAUCAGCUCCUCGGCCUGGACAGAUACAUCGACCUCGUGAUCCCCCGCGGCGGCAACGACCUCGUCCGCUACGUCAAGGAGCACACCAAGAUCCCCGUGCUCGGCCAUGCGGACGGCCUCUGCAGCGUCUACCUGCACUCCGACGCCGACAAGGACACGGCCGUGCGCGUCGUAGUCGACUCGAAAUGCGACUAUCCCGCGGCCUGCAACGCCGCCGAGACGCUGCUCGUGCACGAGGAUGUGCUCCAGACCGUCUUCCCCGCCGUGGCAGCCGCGCUGAUCGACAAAGGCGUGUCGCUCAAGUGCGAUGAGAGAUCCAAGGCCGCGCUGUCCGGGCUCGACAGGGCCACGGCCGCGGUCCAGGACGCCACGGAGCAGGACUACAAUACCGAGUUCCUCGACUUCACACUCGCCGUCAAGACGGUGCCGAAACUCGACGUCUCAAGCAGCACCAGCAGCAACAGCAGCGGUAGCAGCACCGACGACAUCGCCCUCGACCUCGCCAUCGCGCACAUCAACUCACACUCGUCCAAACACACCGACAGCAUCGUCACGUCCUCCUCGGAGGCAGCCGAGAAGUUCAUGUCGGCCGUCGACGCGGCGGGCGUGUACUGGAACGCCAGCACGCGGUUCGCGGACGGGAUGCGCUACGGCUUCGGCACCGAGGUGGGCAUCAGCACGAACAAGAUCCACUCGCGGGGGCCGGUCGGGCUGGAAGGGUUGACCAUCUACAAGUACAAGAUCAGGGGCAGUGGGCAGGUGGCGGGCGAGUAUGGUGAGGGGGCUGGGAAGAAGAGGUACAAGCAUGAGGCGCUGCCUUUGCCGCAAAGGUAG